AUGGCCAGUGCUACAGGCGUACCGGAAGCGCGCCUCAGUGACACGGAGGAGACUGGGCUAACGAGUCGCGAGACCGAACCACUCCUCGGCCGUCCUGGAGAUGCUGCGCAAGAAGAGGGCAAAUCAGCCCUCAACAAUCUAGUUCUUGGCACUGGUAUCAUUGCGCAAAUAGGCAUUUGGCUUCUUGUCGUCCUCAUCUGGGCCAGUGUCUUCACCAAGCCUCUCAUCCUCUUCUCAGGACAUCCUCUCGCUCAAUCUUUUGCUGUUCUGGUGUUGGUGCAAUCCAUCCUCUCCUUGCAGCCUACCCACACCCUCGAGCAGAAACGCCUGGGACAACGUAUCCACGCUCUACUUAACCUAGUGGCCUUCCUUUCUCUCGUUGCCGGCGUGACUAUUAUCGAAUACAACAAAGUGAAGAACAACAAUCCACACUUUCACUCCGUACAUGCGUACCUUGGCGUCAUUACCGCUGUGAUACUUCUUCUACAAUAUCUCGUUGGGUUUACCAUGUUGGUUACGCCGAAGCUGUAUGGGGGCGAGGAGAAUGCCAAGGCUAUCUGGAAGUACCACCGAUUCAGUGGAUAUUUCAUCCUGUUGCUUCUGCUGGCGACCGUCAACAGCGCGACAGGAACGGACUAUAACAAGAAUGUAUUGAAGUUGAAGCUCUGGGCUACACUCGUCUUGUCGAUUCUCGUUGUUAUCGGAGUGUAUCCUAGGAUCCAGAAGCAGAAGCUGGGGCUGGGCCGGCCAAGUUUGUCGCUUUGA